CUCCACUGUCUAGCCUCUCUCUCUCUCUCUCUCUCCAUUUUUUGAGCAACAUCCAAGCUUUACGAGGUGCCCGGCUGUGAAGAAGUAGUUCUCUAGAAAUUUCUUUGUUUCUUUAUCUGCUUACAUUAUUAGAUUCUUUGUCAUUCCAGCCGAGUGUGAUACUUUUUUUUAUUGUUUUAAAGACUGGAUUUUGUUUGGCUUGUUGUUUUGUUCUGAGCUUCUAACGAUAUUUAUACAUGUAUUUUCUCUCUGGUUUGAGCUUUGUCCACUUAAAGAUUCCACCUUUCUUUGUCCUUUGAGCUUUGGGCACAUACAAAUACACACACUACACCCUCACGUGCGUGUACACCUCUACAUUUUAUGCCAUUUUUUAAAAGCAUUUUCAUGGUCUUUUUUAUAUCAGGGGUUGAAGAGCUUCUUGUGUUUAGCGCCUCCGUCGAUAGAAAAGCCCAAAUCCACAGCUUCACUAGGUUGAAGAUUUCUGGGGAGGCGAGAUUAACUUUUGGGUGUUGAUGGAUUCGGUGAAACGCUCUGUGGUCACACCGAGCAAGAGUGGAUUGGCGCGCGCCAUUGUCAAGGCUCUACAUAUUCGUGUGGUCACAGGUGUAGCUCCGGACGAUGAUGGUAUUCUGAAAGAUCAUUUCAAGCACGUUGACAAAGACGAAGAGGAGCUCCUGCAGGAUGACGGGAUGGUCCAAGAGGCUUUCCUCUCGAAACUGUUUGCUUCAGUUACUGCGGUUAAAGCCGCGUAUGCGGAGAUGCAAUUUGCUCAAUCUCCUCACGACGCUGAUGGGAUUCAAGCUGCAGACAGGAUGGUUGUAUCACAGCUGAAGUACCUCUCCGAGCUGAAGCAGGCUUACUUGACGAAACAGCUGAAUGAGGCGUCCCCGGCCACCACGUUGCUUUUAUCUGAGAUUCAAGAGCGGAAGAGUUCUCUUAGGAUCUACGAGGUCACUGCCAAGAAGCUCGAGUCUCAGCUCCAACUCAAAGAAGCGGAGGCCGCCUCUCUCAGAGGGAAACUAUUGGAUGCCAAUAAGGCUAACAUGUUGCUCGAGAAGAGGCUGAGCUCGAGCUGGCAGUUUGUCAUCCCCGACACGAGGGCUGCAGACUUCCUGUCCUACCACAGGCAGACGCUGAAAUCUAUCCGAAGCUUCGUGCAACUUUUGAUCAAAGAGAUGGGAUCCGCUGGCUGGGAUUUGGAUGCUGCGGCCGACUCCAUUGAGCCGGGCACCUGUUUCAGGAACCCGAGCCAUAAGUGCUUCGUGUUCGAGUCCUUCGUGUGCAAACAAAUGUUCGAUGGCUUCAACUGCCCCGAUUUCUCCUCGGAGAAGGCAAUGCCGGAGAGGGACAAGAGGCACGUCUUAUUCCUCAACAGAUACAUCGAGCUGAUAUCCGCAAAGCCUAAAUCUCCGUUUGCAUCAUUCUGUCAUGCAAAGUACUUGAGAGUCGUGCACCCGAAGAUGGAAGCCUCUCUCUUCGGCAGCUUAGAGUCUAUAGCGUCUAGUGAGCCGCUGGAGACGCCCUUCUUCUCGGCAUUCUGUGAGAUGGCAAAGCGCGUCUGGCUCCUACGCCACUUGGCUCUAUCUUUCGAGUCGGGGGUCUCCACCUUCCAAGCGAAGAAGGGGGACCGAUUCUCGGAGGUCUACAUGGAGAGCUUGGGCGAUGAUGCUCGGUUGCAGCCGGAGCCUCUCGUGGCAUUGAGCGUCGUGCCCGGAUUCAAGAUCGGCAAGACUAUUGUCCAGUGCCAAGUUUAUCUGUGUUGAUCUUGCCAGGGAUGAUGAAACAUUGGCUUUAUUUUAGGGUAGUUUUUUUUGUUGAAAGAGAUCUGCUUUUGUUAGGGCUUUACAAUUUUGUUAAUAGGUUGGUUAGUAGAGAAUGAUGCUAAGUGUAUAUUUGUAGUACUUUGUUUGUAUGAUAGGUAAACUUGUUGAUUAAGGGGUUUGGUAAUUUGUUUGAAAGUUAUAUUGUGGCAAA